GGUUCGAUAUUCACAGGUUGAAUAUUUAAAGGCGGAAAUCGGCAGAACAGACCAGGCAACUGAGAUAAAACAAAACGGAGGAAUGACAGGUUUUGAAGAAGAAAUAAUAACUGGUGAACAACCAGAAAACUUCCAGGACUUUGAGCAAAAACGUCUGCAACAAAAUGAAAAACGUACAGAAGAAGCUGGUAAUUCCAUCAGCGACAGGACAGAGGGCAAAACUAGUAAAUAUGACAACCAAUUAACACAUGUGGAUGACGUGUUGAAAAAUAAACUUGGAUUUCUGUUUGAUCACCCCUAUAAUGCUCUCAUUUUAACCACAGAAGCAGAUGAAAAGGAAAGAAAAGAAGAGGCAAGUGUGGGGGCAGAAAGUGAUAUGUACGGUAAUUCGGAGAUAGUCGUGGAAUGGGAGGUGGUUCAUCAGCAACAAAGCGAGCAGAACAAAGACAUCCCUGAGGAAUGGAUCAGUGAAUAUACAGAGGGACACGGGAGCAAUUUAACCCUGGGGAGUCGAUGUGAACAAGAACAACUUGUUCAGCUCAGUUGUGUCUCGGAUUUUCAACACAUAGCUGAGACAAACGUGGUUGAUAAUAGAGAUGACCCUCGCACCUUGACUGCCUUCCCUUUCAACGGACGUAUGCCAGGAGGAAUCGACACGUUCCAAAGGAUCCAACUGUCCCUCGAUGGUGAUGAAGACGACCUGAGCAAGAGCCCUCUCCUCACCGGCCUUGCUGGGCAGCUGUUGACAUCACCCCAGCAACAGCUUCAUGAGCAUGAGGAAGUACCGCAGGAGGAAGAGGAGGAAACAUCUGGUCAUCACACUGAGAACAAGGCAAAGGGAUUUUCAGGCAUCCAUAGCAUGUGUAAUGAAGUCCCCAACUGUAUCUCAGCAGCAGCAGCAGGAGACAUCGCUCUUGUGCGACCAAAGACUCAUAACUCCCCCGAGUGCUUCCAGGAAGACUUAACGGCACAGUCAGUGUCGUCCAGCGUUCCCUCCAACAGCGACGGCUCAGGCUCUGACGAAGACGACUGCCUGAAGUUUGAGAAGAAAGAGCUGUUCGACAAGGUCAUGAAAGAGCUGAACUUGUUUUUUGAAAUCAGCAUAAGUGAUUUCACAAGAGACAGUGGUGCAUCGUCCUCUGAGCAGUGUGUUCAUGUGACUGAAGCCUUGGAUCGAGACAAUUUAAACAGCAAAGAAGAUCUCAGCAUCCCAGAACUAGGAUGCUAUAGAGACCCAUCGCCAGAUGAUGUGAAGGAGGACUCCGGCCUGGAAAUGUGUGCUGAGGAUGCAGAUGUUUCUCCUGCCUGUGAAGGCGAGCAGGAGGUUCCCCUCGGCACCCAUCUGUGCACUAAAGAGACACACAAAGAGCCCCCGCAGAGGAAAAGAUGGUCUCCGUCCUUCCUGGGUCCACCUCUCCUGGAGCAACUGGGCUACAGACAGCCGGAGCAGACGAGGCGGCUGCAGCCUCUGCGAACAUGCAACCGGCCGAUCCGGGUCGGACUCUCAAAGAGAGCCAAGACCAAACAACUGCACCCCACCCCGCCCCGCCCUACCAGUGACCAGGGAUAGGCAGUCCUGGGGGUGUGCACGGGUGAAAGCCUGCUCCACUGCCUUGUAGAACGACUGGACGAUGAGUGAUGGCUGUUCAUGUGUUGCGUUUCCUGCUUCUACUCUCUCCAGGCUCCUUUACUCAGGUUGGAUACCCGCUGAGCCACAUGUGCUGUAAGUGCCUUGCCAAAGGACACCAUGCAAGGGUUUCUUGAUGAGAGGAAUCCUGCUCUGUGUCCACACUUUCCCUGAUGAAACCAAUAUUCAAAUUUUCUAAAUAUCUAUUUAUUUAUAUCUAUUUAUGUAUUUAUUUGCUUCAUACCAACCGAGAUUAGGGUAGAAAAAUAGAUGUAAAACGUCUUUUUGGUGUUAUUUAUGCACUACUCAUCUCAUAUCGUCUUUGAACUAGUUGUGUAAUCGUUGCUGUAACGUGCAGCUGUGUUCAGUCAGUAAAGAUACUGCUGUGUUUUUACCAUUACAUGGGUUCAUGUGUUCUGUCCUUGAGCAGUUCUGUGGAAGGUUACUGCCAGUUGAAUGUGAAUAUAACCAGUUCCCUAUUCAAUUAAAUCAUAUUUGCAUACAAAACGUUUUUUUCAUAUAAAUAUAUAUACAGUGACUCUGUCUCUGCCGCAGUGAGCUAUCAGCUGUUCAUAGCUAACUGUACUCUUCGUUGUCACAACAGAAGAACCCCCCCUGCUCUUCUGGAGCGUCCGAGCAAUACAUGAACUAACAUCAAUGAGCCGGUUACAGAUGAACUCCUCUGGUCGGUACGCGGCUCUGAGGCAGCUACUGCUGGAAGAGAAAUGCAGUUUGGCUGACUAGAAGCUCCCAGGUGGGACUUGGACUCAGCUGUAAGGGAGCUAUUUGGUUCACCUCCUGAAUGUCAAGGGGUGAGGUUGGUUUAUUCUCACAUGCACGGGUGAGACAGAACCAGGGACAGGGGUGAGGAAAACAACAGGACAAGUGGACUGCAGCCAUGUCAAUGAACAACGGAUCCAUGUUACUUGAAGCCCUCUUUGCAAAAGAGCAGAACGUGUCUUUUACCUCUAUAAUGACUAAUAAGGGCUUCGGUCUCCAGUUCAUCCCCUUCUGUUAGCAGAGUAUUUUACCAAAACAAUGAUUUGGUUGUAUUCACUGAUGUUUUCCAGCACUCAGGAAUAACGUUUGUGUUUCAUGUCCCGAUCACGUCGGAGAUGUUUCUGCAGUAUAAUUUCAUUUCAAUGAGCAAGGUGCCUCAGCUGGCAGUCCAAUCAAAGGAAACAACCAGGUAUGGCUUUCCAAAAUAAUUGGAUUGUAAUGGAACACAUUGAAUGUGCCUGCAGCCUUGUGGGUUUGAUUUAUCCCCAGUAGAUAAUGACUCAGUCACUGUUAGUUCUGCCCUGCGUGUUUAAUCUUCACAUGAAAAUGGACAUUUUUUAACCCCUUCAGCUGAAAGCAUACUUCAUUUAGCCAUUGGCUUUUAUUUUUAAUCCACUACUAUUUAUUCUAACAAUGUAAUGUAAUGCAUUUGUUUUCUUUAAAAGAUGUGGAACAUAUUUCCUCCAUUUGUUGUCUUACUGAAGAGUAAUCUUUGGUUUUAGUUACAGCUCACUUGAGGCGCAGUGGAGGGUGUCUCCUAUGCACCAUUCUUACAUAAUUGUCGCAUUUUCAAACUAUUCCAACAGCAUUAAAGUUAAUGAGCCCUACUCCUAUUACAAGAAGGCUUCUGCUUGCCUGCAUACGUGGGUACAUUUGAGAGUAGUCUUUGUGAAUUUGGAAAUACAGCAACUGCUUCAGCUAAUGUAAGAGUGUCUUGUUUACAAUAGAAUGAAUAAUACGAGUUGAUGAAAUUGAAUGUUUUUAUAAGAAUAUAGUAGAUUAUUACCAUAUGCUCAUAAUAGGUCUUCCCAUGCAGUGUUACAUGCUACAUCCGUGGUGCGUGAUGGUUCAGUCUGACGCGAGGUGGUGGACCUGCAGCCUGAACCAACGUGCUCAGAGCUCUGCACACAGGGCGGUCUGGAGGGGAGGCGGCCUCAGGGACCGUAGCUCUGGGAUCCUAAGCAGGUAAGACAUGUCACUCCCAGGUUUCACAGAUAAGCAGCACAAGAAAAUACUUGUCAAUAGGAGACAAGAGAGGUCAAGACUGUGACCUUUGAGCGGACCAAACACCUGGAGACGAGUCGUAGGAAAGCUGUGCUAUUGAAGUGUUUGAGGCUGCUGGUCUGAUUGUAGAAGGGUGUGCAGAUGAGCCCAGGUGGGGGGUCAUGAUCUGAAGUCCCCAGUAGGCAGGAGGAAAUAGACCUUUGCCCUGCUACAUAGUCCAUGCUGUGGAGGGGUCAUCUUCUUGGCUUUAAGUGGUUUGUCUCUGGCCCAGGCCUCCUGCAGAUGGUGAAUGAGGAGAAAAUAUGUGUGAUGCCGACGUCAACUAUCAAGUGAUGCUGUCAUAUAUUCAAAUAACGUUGAUUCACCUGCAGCCGUUUCUUCUCCAAGUGCAGUCGGUCUGUGUGCAUAUUGGUUCAUCUCAAGGGGAAGCUGUAGAGGCAAAGCAACACACACACACACACAGAGCCUGUAUAUGCUGCCUUUUUCAGAUCAAUAGCAAUCAUUAGGGCACAAUCAGAUGAUUGACUCAGACUAAAAAUACACAGGAACAUCUCUCGCUCCACUGAGCUGACUGCUGGAUUGUAACGGCGUGAAAGUGACUAAACACUUGCUAUUCCAUGGAUACUUUCAUCAUAAGUGCACGAUACGCUGCCGUAACAAUGUGGGGGUGUCGCUGAUGGGGGUGAGGGGGCAUCCUGAGGUUUUGUUACAGUUCAGCUGUGCACACUAAAUGUUCACUGCUCCACAAAGACGACAAACUGUUCACACUUGCCACCAUAUGCUGGUGUCCUGAUUUAAGAGAUUACUGUGACCUUUGAACUCAUCAGA